AUGAAUGGGAAUGGAUCAUCACCUGCUGGUUCGAAUGCACUACAAACUAUAUUCUUAAAAGAUUCAUUCAAUAGCAAGCAAUGGAUAAACGAUGUGUUACGCGUCAACAACAACAAAGACAAAGACAGUAGCACCCCUCAACCAACAUCAAUGCAAUUAGAGAAUGAUUUAGAGAAUAUAGCAUCAUCAUUAUUAUCAAAGUUACAAAUCUAUUCAUUGGAAUUGAAUAUGUCAUUGGAGAAUAGAUCAUCAGAAUCGUUAUUAUAUGUUCCAAAGGCGGUUAGAGAGAUUGAUAAGGUUAGAAAGGAAUCUUUGCAGUUAAAGACUCGUAUUAAAUCAAUCACGCAGUCUAUCGAUUCAAUGUACAGUAACAGUCUGCAUACGGCAGUUGACACGAUUGCCAGUUUGGACACGGUGCGCACGCGAAUCGACUCGUGUAUUCGAUCGCUCAACGAGGCAGAGAAGCUGCUCCACUUCUCGGCACAACUCGAUCAGUUGUUUGCAGCAGCCGAGUAUUUGGCAAUUGCACAGCGACUAGACGAGAUCAAAACAUCACUUCAACUAUUGAGCGAUAUUCCAGAGUUUAGAGAACAGUCAAAGCAGUUUGCAAUCUAUACUGAUCGAUUAGAGACAUCGAUCAAACCACUGUUGGUACAAUCACUUAACGCACGUGAUGUAGACGGUUGCAACAAAUAUCACACUGUCUUUAGUAUCAUCAAACGACAAUCUACCUUUCACCAAGUAUACAAUAGUUCUAGAAUUGAACCUCUAAAAACUACUUGGUUACAAUAUAAAGGAGGAGCUAUUCCAAAUACCAAUACUACAGUUGGUGGGUUAUCACCAAACCCUUCCUCCUCCUCUACAUCUUUAUCAUCAUCACCCAAACCAGUAUCACCAUUACUUUCAUCUGCAUCCUCCUCCUCUUCCUCAUCAUCAUUAUCAAGUUUUAAUCAAUUCCUUGGUUCAUUUUAUGAUCAGAUUAAAGCAAUGGUUGAAUCAGAGUUGAAUUGGCUUUCAAAGUUGGGUGGUACUAGUGGCAGUGCAAUCCAACCAAAAGAGAUGAUUGAACAUUUACUUGGUCAUCUAUUUCAAUCGAUAAAUGCUCAACUUCAAUCAAGAAUAGAGUCAGCAUCAACGAGCACAACCUCAUCCAACAAAAAUCAAGAUUUAAUCCAAUUGUAUAAAACAUCGAUAUCAUUUAUCCAAUCACUACCAUCUAUCCUAGACAAAACACAUCUCAUCAAAACAAUACUACUCGAUCCAUUUAGACAUUUCCAUAACAAAUUCUCAGACAAUGAAAUGAAAUAUUUAAAAUCACAAUUAUCUUUAUUCCAAUUAAUUAAAAAGAAUGACUUUAAUUCAUCAAUUAAUAAUAUUGAAACAUCAAUGAACAAAAUAUUCCCAUUACUCGAACAAUCAAUUGAUCGAUUCUAUCAAUUUACUCAUUUAUCAGAGAUUGAAAGUUUUAUUCAUACUUUAAAUAAUAUAAUAACAGAAUAUAUUGGAUUAUUAAAAGAUAGUUUAGUUGAAUUAAAGGUAAUGGCAAAUAUAGUUUCACCAACCAAUGUUGUUUUGAUUGAUAGACAAUCACAACCACAACUCUUACAACAACAACAACAACAACAAAUACUGAAUCCUCAACAACAUAAUUGGGAACAUUUCCAAGGUGCAAUGAAAUUAUUACAAUUGGUUAAUGGUUUAAUGUCAAAAUUAAAUAAUUUUGAACAUUCAUUCAAUGUAAAUAUUAUAGAUUAUUUAGCAAAAUAUGAUGAUUCUUCAAUAGAAUCAACAAUUAGAACAAUAAUGUUAUCACAAGAAAAUGAUAAAUCAACAAGAUUUAAUAAUGUCAUUCAAAUGAUUAUUGAUCCACAAUAUUUAAUGAACAACGGCAGCAACAACAAGAAACAUUUAUUACAAGAUGCAAAAGACCAAGUAUCAUCUUUUUGUUCACAAUCACAACAUUUUAUUUAUGAAACAAUGAUUACUUUUAUAAAAUUAAAAUUCAAAGAAGUACCAAAAAUGAAUGAAUGGAAACAAAAUUUAAAUAUUGUAGAUAGUUAUCAAUCCAAUCAAUCAGCCUAUAGUACACAAAUUGCCGAUCAUUUAUUAACUAUUCCACAACAAUUGGAUCCUUAUUCAGAGGAAAUAUCAUUAAGAUUCUCUUAUCAAAUUGCAAUUUCAUACCCAACAAAUGAUGAGAUGUAUCAAAACAUUAUAAAACAAUUACAUCAAACUAUGUUAAAUGAAACAAAGGAUAUAUCUGAUACUAGUGAUAUUGAAGAUGAUAUGGUUGGUAUUGCACACCAAUGGAUUCACAUUGUAGCUUGUGCAACCGAAAAACUAUACCUACAAUCGAUUGUUGAAAUUACAUCACUCACCGAUUACGGAUGUCACCAUUUAGCCAAUGAUAUUACCUAUCUAUUUAAUGUACUAUCAGCACUGGGUGUUGCACCUGACCCACUUCUCUCGAAAACCCAACUACUUGUCCAAAUUCCCAAAGAAGCAUACCUCGAAUCAAUCCAAUCACUUGAAGGUGGAGAAAAGAAUAUUGCCAUUUUAAUUUCUAAAAUGCGAUCCAUCAAAUAA